AUGAAGCAAAGUGUGAAGCUUAUCUUUUUGGUGUUGCUGCUCGGGGCGGCACAUUUGGGGAAGGCUCAACAGGAGGAGAGUGAUGUGGCGGACGCGGAUUCCCCGGGUGUCGACGAGCAGAAUGGAAGCAACCAACCGUCAGGCGGUAACAGAGUUGGCCGUAUGUACAGUGGAGUGAAUGCAGCUAGUGCAAACCAACCUUACGCUGCGGUGCUUUCCUUAAACAGCGGUUCAACAUCAACUAAAGCGAUGGGCGCUAUCAUUAGCAAUACCACGGUCCUUACCUCUGCAUCCGCUGUGCUGAGUGCGGGUAGUAUAACAGCGAUAACUGUGGUUGUUGGCAGUAGUCCAGGGAUUUUAGGAGGAACCUUCCGCUACGACUAUAAAGGCUUCGAGCUACAUAGUGGUUUCGAUUCCGCGACUUUAGCGAACGAUGUGGCUAUCAUAACGAUGGGCAGCUCCUUCGCCGGAUUAUCGAACGUGCAACCAAUUGCCAUGGCGACCACGGAGAUUGCGGUAUCCACUACGACUCGCACAAAGUGUGUAGUUCUUGGAUGGGGUCAGACUACGAGUACUACCACCAAUUAUCGGCUGUCCCAAGCCGAUUACGAGCUGCUCACUGAUCAGGAAUGUGCAACAGAAUUUAAACAAAGCCUACCUUCCUCGUUGCUAUGUGCACGAUCGGUGAGUGGUUACGCUUGCAAUAUGGACGGCGGUGCUCCGCUGGUGUGUAACGGUCAGUUGUAUGGGAUACUUACGAACCAAACAGGUUGCACGGCUUCCAGCACCCCCAAAAUUCAAAAGUUUGCUAAGCUACCGGUCAUUAGAAUUCCUUGGAACAUCCCUACCAUAUCGAACCCACCUAGAAAAAAUUACGUAUCGUGCCCUUAAACAUUGUACUGAUGAUGAUCUUUUACUGAUGCAACAUUGAAAUAAAU